AUGCCCUACACACUUCCAUCAAAUGCAGAUGCCAACUUGAUAAUCAAUCGACCGCGACCCCCCACUUGGGUAUUCCUCCCCCCUUCCGACGAACAAGAAUCAACCUCAGAUUCGGAUACCCUCCCUCCUUAUCCUCCCCCUCCUACUCGUCCACCACCUCGCACUCCACUUACACCACCGGCUCAAAUCCACACUUCCCCUCCGACUACAUCGAGUUUCAACCGUAGCUCGUAUGAAUGUGAACACAGCAGCACAUCCACAAUCAACCGCGAGCUCAAAUCAUCCAGCCCGUCAAACAAAGAACCCUCUGACGUUCCACCAUUUUGCAAAGCACUUUUUUUCGAUUCCUUACAAUCAAAUUUUGAUUCCCUAGCGCCACCAUCUCCUUCAAUUUCCCCCUCUGUGUCCUCACCCUCGACGAAACCAUCUACUCCCCAACCAUCUACUCCCCAACCAUGGUUCCACCCCAUCUCGCACCGUCAAUUCUCUAAAACUUCUGUCCCUCAAACCAGAGAUCGUCCACCUUCCCCCCUCAUUCAAGAUAUCUCUGCUUCAGAAUUUUACACCAGUUCUCGUUCUCCUCCUGAUUAUAAUUCCCAACAGCAAUUGGAAGAGGAAGACAUAAAUGAUUGGGUAAUAAUACCACCAGAUAUCUACUCCCUUUCAUCAUCGCCAUCUUCCCCAUCUAAUCCUGCUGCGCCAACUUUGCAUAAAAGGGGGAAAGUCGGAAGAGAAGAAUCUAUCGGUACUGAAGGCAAAAUGAGUACAUUGGGGUAUUUAUUCAGUUUUUUGAUGUCAACGAAAGGGUACACAUCAACAGGAACCUUGAAACUUGCACACCAAGAGGACAAGGUCAAUGGUGGAGGGAGCACAAAAGACUACAGUGUUUGA